AGAACAGGGGGAGGUCUCUGUCCGCUCUGAGAGUGCAAUCAGAGUUCCUCAUUUUAAUAGAGCUUUCCCAGCUUCCAGAAGGUUCCUUUCUCUGUUAUAAAGCCAACCAGACGGAUUUGACUCUGUGAAGGCCGACACGUCAGAGACACAGUGGAAAGCUGAAAGACAUCUGGAAGGGUAGAAUCUCUGAAAUCAUCUCUAAAACCAUGUGGGUUAAAAGCCUGGUGGCGCUGUGCCUACUAGCCAGCGUUAGAGCAGAUAAAACCCUCAGCAGCCAUGCCAACAUCUUGGUGGACAGCAGCACCAACCUGGCCUUUGAUCUGUACCACAGCAUGGCCAAAGAGAAGGAUAUGGAGAACAUCUUGAUCUCCCCAGUGGUGGUGGCCUCCUCCCUGGGCCUGGUAGCUCUUGGAGGAAAGUCCACCACCGCCUCCCAGGUGAAAACAGUGCUCGGUGGCAAUAAAGUGAAGGAUGAACACCUCCACUCCAGCCUGGCUGAGAUCCUGACUGAGGUCAGCAACUCCACGGCCCGCAACGUCACCUGGAAGAUCAGCAACCGCCUGUAUGGUCCCAGCUCCGUCAACUUUGCUGACGACUUUGUGAAGAACAGCAAGAAGCAUUACAAAUACGAGCACGCCAAGAUCAACUUCAGGGACAAGCGAAGCGCAGUCAAUGCCAUCAACGAGUGGGCAUCCAAGUCCACCAGUGGCAAGUUGCCUGAGAUUACCAAAGACGUGGAGAAGACUGAUGGAGCCAUGAUCAUCAAUGCGAUGUUCUACAAACCGCACUGGGACGAGCAGUUUCAUCAUAAGAUGGUCGACAACCGUGGCUUCCUUGUGCAUCGCUCAUACACAGUGUCAGUACCCAUGAUGCAUCGCACAGGUAUUUAUGGUAUUUAUGAGGACAAAGCCAACAACCUCUUCGUACUGGAGAUGCCUCUGGCCCAUAAGAUGUCGUCUGUGGUGUUCAUCAUGACCUACCAUGUCGAGCCUCUGGAGAGAGUGGAGAAACUGCUGACUCGCAAGCAGGUGGACACCUGGCUGAGCAAGCUGGAGCAGAAGGCUGUUGCAGUGUCUUUACCGAAGGUCAGCAUGGAGGUCAGCCACAACCUCCAGAAACAUCUCGGCCAGCUUGGACUGACUGAGGCUGUGGACAAGGCUAAGGCUGACCUGUCCAACAUCUCAGGAAAGAAGGACCUCUACCUGUCCAACCUGUUCCAUGCCUCCGCUCUCGAGUGGGACACAGAUGGCAACCCUCCGGACACCAGCAUCUUUGGCACUGACAAGCUGAAGAACCCCAAACUCUUUUACGCUGACCAUCCCUUCAUCUUCCUGGUGAAAGACAAGAAGACCAACUCCAUCCUCUUCAUUGGCAGGCUGGUCCGGCCAAAGGGAGACAAGAUGAGAGAUGAAUUAUAAACCAUGCGCUAACUUAAACGUAUGUUUGAAUCUGAUAGCUGGCCUGUGUGUGUCUGGUGUGUAUGCAUGAGUGUGGGUGAGUGAGAGAAUUUUGUUAAUUUUUGACUGAAUUAAAGGAAUAGCUCAAUCAAACAUGCUAACAUGGCUAGCAAUGACUGGAAGUGAGUAUCCACCGAAUUAGCAUUAAGAAACUGGCAUAAUUCUUGUUGGGGGUUAUGUGCUUUCAAUCAUUGUUGGCAUUGCAUGGCAUUUUUCACUGAUUUAUUCCUUUAACAGAGGAGCAAGAGAGUGAAUAGUUUGCCUGAUACCUCAAGAGGACAUUCCAUACAAUCUGUGGACUGAUGUAUAGGUGCACUGUCCUGUCUCACAUACGUACACUCACUGGCCACUGUAUUAGAAACCCGUCCAUUGUAGCCAGUGUUGGGCUAGUUACUCAAAACAAGUAAUCCAUUACAAAUUACUCAUUACUUCUCUUAAACGAUAAUGAGAUUAUUUAUUAUGUCCUUGUGAUCAUGUUACUUUAUUUCUAACUGAGCCCCUAAAACCCAAACACAUCUGUACCAACUGCAAAGGGAACACCCAGUAGUUCUUAUCAGUAUUUUAUUUGGAAAGAAAUAGCUAAUCACAGCAUGGGGGUCUUUAUCUAUCAGUUUCAUAUUAGCAUGAUUAGAUGCUUCGACAGAUUGCUCUCUAACAGUUCCCGGCACUCACAUUAACAAUCAAAGCUGCACAGUUAGUUGUUGCAGGUUGCACAAUCACACACAAAUUACACACGAAGACAGCCACGGAUAAUCUACAUAGAGGAAACAUAUGCUUAAAAAGUGUAACACACAAUUUAUAUUGCUCUGUUAGAGACAUGAGUAACAGAAGUAACAAAAUCCUAUGAAGUGAGUAACUAUAAGGUGAUUAGAACUAAAUCUAAACUCUAACACCUAAUGCAAGUAACUGCAAGAAUUUACAGUUACUUGCAUUAGAAGCAUUAAAACUGUAAUAUGUAAUGAAAGUAGCAAAAUUCCUAUAAAUUCAGUAACUGUAAUGACAUUACAAGAAACUUACAUUGCAUUACCAUUGUAACGUGGUACCAUAAUGCCUUACUUUGUACUGCAUCAUUCCCAACACUAACUGUAGCUUCACCAUACUGGUUGUACGAUUAGGCACUGUAGCCCAUCCGCUGAUGCACAAUUUACUUUAUCCAUCCUCUAGCUCUUCAUCAGUGGUCAGUUUCCAAAUAAUAUCUCGUCGACAGUGAUCCUGUGGUCAGAAGCUGACCAAUAAUGAAUGGGGUAGAGGGGGGUCAAUGAAUGGGUAUAGUCUUUAAUUGUACACCUAUACAGUGGACCUAUAAGGUAGGUGAUUCCAAUAAAGUGGCCAGUAAAUGUAUACGUUUGCAGUGGUACACUAUUACGUGUUUUAUUCAAAAAAAGUAGUGCAACAUGGAAGAAAGUCUUCAUUAAACUUUCGUAAAGUUUACCAGAGUGUUACAGGCAGGUUAAGAGAAGAAUAGCAUGCUUAUAUUAAGUAUGAUGUCCAAGGGGUUGGCCUUGCAUCCAUUACUAGCAUUCCUCUCAGGGUUUUUGCUUUUUGUUUUUGUAUGGCCUUGCCGAGUUACCGACACUGCGUGCCAAAUGCUCUGCUUGUGAAAUAUUUGUGGGUUCGUGAAAUAUCUUUAAUGUUUGAAGUUGAAAAAGUUACCACAAGUGUUUUGCAAAGUGUACGUAGUGUAAAAUCUGGAGAGCAUUCCUCUCUAGCAAAAAAUCCACGCUCGAGUCUGGCCUGGUUCCAGUCCGCACUGAAAAUGCUCCUGUGCAUUACACAGCCUGUGAGAAUGAGGCUUAGCCUUAGACUGAACUUGCUGAACUCUGUUUUGUGUCACCGAGUUACGUCUGGUCAGUGUUGAUGUAUGAAAUUGUUUUUCUCUUUUUCCAAUAAAAUCAGCACCACUAAAAAAUCCCAUUGA